CAGAUUCUGGGAGGUUUGGAUACCCUAUUGAUGCCCCCAAAAACCAUCCAGCCCCUCUUUCACCGCCUUUUUUUUCUUUAUCCCUCGAUUUCAUCCUUAUUUCUCCCCCGUGCUUUCUUAUCCUUCCACAAGCCCCUCUCACUCCCAGUCCUGAAGGAACACUCGGCUCGGUGCUGUGAUUUCGUCUCCAUUCUGAGGGUGCUGUGUGUACCCCGAACCAGGGAUUUCUUCCAUUCUUUGACUUGCAUUGACACGGCCAUGCGAGGGCGGGAUCUACUCUUCGUCUUUUCCCUCCUUUUCCUUGUCCUGUCAUUCUCUGAGGCAAAAAAGAAGUCCAAGCAGCCAUCAGAUGCAGUGACUGGCUCAGACAGUACACCAGUAAAUCCCUCACUGGGGUCAGGUCAACUGAGCACAAAAGAUGGGCACCGCUGCACCUGGGAGACGCUUGAGAGAGGAGCUAACAUCCUGCUCCAGGUGAGCUGCACCGCCCCAAGUGAGGAGGGGCUCGGACCUCACUACACGUGCCAGUUUGCUGGAAAACCUCAGGAAUGCUCCAUCUACAGCACUCAGUCCUCCCAGUACUGGAAACAGGUGGUGAGCAAACUGAAGAAACGAAAGAACGCCUGCGAGGGGGAGAAAGUCCUAAAAACACGACUGUGUAAAAAAGCGCCCAGCGCAUCCCACAUGAAGCUCACGGAGAGAAGCGGAGAAGAGACGACCACGCACACGAGCAAGAAGAUGCCAGAAGAGAACAAACAGAAAACGGAGGCACCCGCGACAAAAGAAAAAGAAGUACAGAAGAAGAAGGAAGAGGAGGUGAAGAAAGAAGAGGAUGAGGGGUUUGGAGUCAUGAAUGAUGGAUUCUCAGACAUGGUGCCCGCUGUGAGCUACUGCGGAGAGGGAUGGCAUUCUGUCUGCAACUUCUUUGUCAAGUUUUUUGAUGGUUAAAGAGAAACAUCUGCUAUCAAUGCUUUUUCGGACCCAGCGGAGGAUAAAAAUGUUGUUGCAUGUGAAAAAGAUGGAAGGGUAUGGAAGCCCGUCUUCGCCACUGAAUUAAAAUAAUUUUAUAAAAGGUAACUGCGACUUUUUAUCUCACAUUCUUUUUUUUAGAAUUGUGAGAUACAGACACACAAUUGCAAAUUAUAAAGUGAUAAUUGUGAGAUGCAAACUUGCAAAUCAGAAUUGCGUGAUAUAAACUCGCAAUUUCGAGUUAUAAAGUAAAAACUGCAAGACAUUAAGUAUAAGAAAUAAAGUCACAAUUUUAAGAAAUAAAGUCAGAACUCCAAGAUACAAACUCACAAUUCUGACUUUUUUUCUCACAAUUGCGAGUUUGUAUCUCGAAAUGGUAACAUUUUUCUCAGAAAUGCGAGUUCAUAUUGCAGUUCUGAUGUUAUAACAUGUUAUUACAUCAGAAUUAAGAGAUAUAAACAGACAAUUCUGAGAACAUAUCGGUAUUUUUCCCCUCAAAAUUGGACUUUAUUGCGAGUUUAUAUCUCACAAUUCUGAGAAAAAAGUCAGAAUUAUGAGAUAAAAACUCACAAUUCUGACUUUCUUUCUCGCAAUUGUGUUUAUCUAAUGCAAUUCUGAGAAAAAGUCAGAAUUAUGAGUUUAUAUCUCGCAAUUCUGACUUUAUAACUCACAAUUGCGAGUUUGUGUUGCAAAAUUGUGAGUUUAUAUCAUGCAAUGCUGUAAAAAAAGUCCGAAUUGUGAGACAAAAAGUCGCAAUAACCUUUUUUAUUUUUUAUUCAGUGGCAGAAACAGGCUUUUAUACAAAGAUGACGCUGUCUGGUGUCAAAAAAAUUACUUAGAAGUUGUUCAACAUCUAGUCUGCACCCUGAAAACAUCAUGGAUAAGAAAUCCUGUUGUGAAGAUGAAGACAAAUAGACACAGAGAAUUUAGUUUUUGUAUAAUAUUUAACAAUCACACUAAUUACAUUAAUUCACACGCUCUUAAUAACAAAGAAUGACGUGUAUAUUGUAACUAAACCUGUUUUAACUUUUUGUAGAUAUGCAUAAUCGUAUUUUGUAUUCCACACAUGACCUUUUUACUUAUUAUGAAAAUUGCUGUAUAUGAUUAUUGCCAAUAAUAUUCAGAUCAAUAAAAAUACAUUUAAUUAAUUAAA